AUGGCCUCGCAGUCCGUCACUAAGCCGUUCCAGAAGAUCCUGGACCCGACCAAAAUCGGGACAUGGAAUGUCGUCCGUCGCCCGCCAGUCGAGAACCAUAGCGUAAUCCAGGGAAAAGCGCGGGAACAGAACUCGAAUGCGUUCAAGACACAUCAGUUGAAGGAGGGAGUCCGGUUACGAAAGGCCAUCAAUGCCAUUACGCACGGGAAGAACAUCUUCGUCUAUCAUAACAUCCGCACCAACCAGGUUGUCUACUCAUUGACGCGGUAUCUGGAGAAAAACAAUGUCCUCCGUCAGCUAGUAUACCACGGCAAAAAGACCGUCCCCGCUACACUCCGAAAGGACAUGUGGGUGCCUUACUACUCCGUCCAUUUCAACGAACCCAAGGUUGGCCUCCGUGCCUACCAUCUUCUCCGCGAAUUUGCCGUGCAGCGCCAAUUCGCCCCGCCUCGUGAGAUGAUCACGAUCAGUGAAAAGUUCCUGGAUCAGAAGCGGCCCAAAGACCCCGAAGGAGCCAAGAAGUUCGACGAGAAGUAUGCAGACAAGGUCGGAUGGCUGAUGGAGAAGAAACACCGCGCUCGUGCUUUGAUGGACCAGAAGGCUACUAGUGUUGCCGAUGUGUCUGCCGUUUUGGCCAUCCAGGAGGAAGAGAUCGCGAAUGGCUUCGCUGAUGGCAAAAGGGGAUACCUCACUCGCACUGCUAGACGGCGCCGCAGGGAGGCUCGUGCGAAGGAGACAGCCAAGGCCGAGGAGCAGGCUGAGCGUGUGGCUGAGUUGGAAAAGACCUUGAGCACAUCCGAAGUCGAAUACAAGGUCCGGGAGCCUGAAAGCACGAACGGGCUGGAAAGCAACGGCGUUAAGAUCCUCUGGACUGAUAUUCACGAUGCUCGUCUCGCCGAAUCUUGGCCUGGACGUGUCCGCCACGGUGAACUCGACCUGACCCGCGGUCACGUUAUACCAGGACAGAAGCCUAACUACGGUGUGGAAGUUCUUGCUGAUGAGGCGUUUAAGGAGAAGAAGCCGGAGCAGAAGGCCUAA